UGAGCCUGUAGUUCCUCCCCAGACCUGCGGGGGCGGUAGAGGUCAGCGCGCCUUAAACCAGCAGCCAGCGUUACCGGCGCGCGCAGUGUGUUUCCGGCUUUAAUGAGCGGUGUGGAGAGAGAGACACCAACAUGGAUAUCCGACCAAACCACACCAUUUACAUCAACAAUAUAAAUGACAAGAUCAAAAAAGACGAGAUGAAGCGUUCGCUCUACGCGCUCUUCUCUCAAUUUGGCCAGAUCAUCGACAUCGUGGCCAUGAAGACCACAAAGAUGAGGGGGCAGGCCUUCGUGGUCUUCAAAGAGCUCGCCGCGUCCACCAACGCACUGAGGCAACUUCAGGGCUUCCCUUUCUACAACAAGCCCAUGAGGAUACAGUACGCAAAGACCGACUCCGAGGUCAUCACCAAGGUGAAGGGCUCGUUCGGCGACAAGGAGAAGAAGAAGGACAAGAAGAAGAAAGCUCAGGAGCCGCCAGCCAGCCUGCUAAAGAUACCAGCAGCGGGAUCAGCAGCACCGGUGCACUCGGGUAUCGUACAGGUGCCGGACAACCCGCCGAACUACAUUCUGUUCCUCAACAACCUGCCCGAAGAGACCAACGAGAUGAUGCUGUCCAUGCUGUUCAACCAGUUUCCCGGGUUCAAAGAGGUGCGGCUCGUCCCGGGCAAACACGACAUCUCCUUCGUGGAGUUUGAGAGCGAGACGCAGGCGGGCGUGGCCAAAGACGCGCUGCAGGGCUUCAGGAUCACGGCCACCUGCGCCAUGAAGAUCACGUACGCCAAGAAGUAGUCUGAGCCCGACAGAGUCGGAGGGCCGAACCGGGAUAUCCGUUGUGUUCCUACAUGCUUUGGAUUUUUGUACAUGCUACUUCUUCUUUUUUUGUCAAUUCUGUCAUCGAGCGAAUAACCCCUGACCUAUAUUUUGUUUUGUAAAAUAAAAGUCUUUUACAUAA